AUGCGUGACUUUUUGAAGAUGGUAGCAUUGGAUCUAGAUAAUGUGCAGAAUGGCGAAGAAAUACAAAUUCGAAAAAGUUGUGCUAUUGAAGAAAUGACAAUAAAUUCAACUUUGUCACCGAAAAAUCAGUGCGGCAGUUCAAGAUCUGUUGCUAACCAAUUUUACAUCUUAUGUGGAACGUUCAAUGUAAACAAUCGUCAAAUACCCUCAAAUUCCGAUUUUACUGAAUGGUUAUGUCCUUCAACAACACAAAUUCCCUCUCUUAUAGCUGUUGGAUUACAGGAAAUUGCAAACACUGGAAAUAUUUCUUUUUCUCAAAAUGAUAAAAUUGAAGGAGACGAAUGGGAGAACAUCAUAAAUAAAACAAUCGAAAAUUGUUCAAAUGUACAACAAAAUCAAUAUAAAUUAAUUAGCCGUGUAAGACUUUUGGGCAUGUUAUUAUUUGUUUAUGUGGAGAGAAAGCAUUAUGAUCAAUGUAAAUUAAUAUCAACUGCAUUUAUACCCACCGGCUUUAUGAAUAUUUUCGGCAACAAAGGUGGUGUGGGUAUUCGAUUUCGGUUUCAUAAUCAAGAUUUAUGUUUUAUCAAUUGUCAUUUGACAGCAGGUGAUAAUCAAUUAGAGAAACGUAAUGAUGAUUAUAAAACAAUUGAAUCUCGGAUGACAUUCAUGCACAGGGAAAAUAUUCCAAAAUGGUGGAAAAUUGAUGAUCAUGAUAUUAUAUUUUGGUUUGGUGAUAUGAAUUAUCGUUUAGCUCAUCCAAAUGAACAAGUACGCCAAGCUAUAAAACAAUUAUCAUUUAUACCAUUAAAAGAGAAAGAUCAAUUACAAUGUCAAAUAAAAUUAGGAAAAGUAUUUCAAAAUUAUCAUGAACCGCCCAUUAAUUUUUUACCAACGUACAAGUUUAAUAUUAACACAGAUGUCUAUGAUACAAGUGAGAAAUUUCGUACACCAUCGUGGACAGAUCGCAUUUUAUACAAGUUUAAUCAUGAACAUUAUGAUGUUAAAUCACAUUAUUAUAAUUCAUCACCGUCCAUUCGAUUUAGUGAUCAUCGGCCGGUUAGUGCUCUGUUUUCGGUUACGAUGAAACAUUCACAUGAUGAAAAUAAUACUAGAAGAAUGGAACAGAAAGAAUCGUCAUUGAAAUUAGCGACGGAACAAAAUUUAGUAAAAAUGAUGUAUGAUUCACUAGCUGAUCCAACGAUAAACGUUGUUUAUAAUCCGUUACCCAAUGGACCGUUAUGA